AUGUUCAGAAAUAAUAAUGGAGGCGAAUUUGGAAGAAGCUCAGAUAUGAAAAGGGCCUCGAAUACUCGAUUCCGUCCCAGGGAAGGGCCGAAGAGAAGCAAAUUCCCACAACAAGUGGUUCCGCGUGACACGAAACACAACUUCUCCGCCGCUGCUCCAUGGAACACCAGUCAGGAAGAAGGUCCGGAUAUUGGCUCAUCUUCCCUGCAGGAUGUGAGGAAGAAGGAAAAAUUUAGCAGUAGCGCGGCUGCACUCACAGCUCAAGAAUUCAACGUCGAUCCCAAGCAACCGAAGCUCGACAACCUCGAUGACGAUGAAAUCGAAGCUCUCCGCCUCGAGAUCAGUACCACACGAAGCAGUUUACUCAAGACAUACACAAGUAAGAAGUAUGUAAUCACGGACAAUGCCAAAACCUGCACUUAUAACGAAGCUACGCUUUACCCAGGACAAACUAUCACGUGGAAUAACCUGAGAUUCAGCCUCAUCGGUACCAUCGUCCCACAACUACCGAUUUUGUCAUCGACGUUUAUUGAAACCGAUAUGGGCAUUUCUAUAAUCAAGCCUGCUCACAAAGAACAACUUGCAACGCACAGCGCAGGUCAACUCCAAUGUUCAACCAAGCAGCAAGCCGAACAAUUCAAGUGCAUUUUCGCAAGUAAAGCCUGUACAUGCACUCACGGUCUCCGAGAAGCCUCCUGCUUGUGCAGCCCUGGCGACAUGGAAGAACUCAUGAAAGCCUCGCCUUUACCACUAGUUUCAAAGAGUUUCAUUAUCCUCUCACGCAAUAAGCAAGUAUACGCCAAACCAAACAUUGGAUCCACUUUACAUCUUGUGGCAGAAAACAUGAAAAUCACAACUCAUCUGUCCAACACCACCUGA